CCCGCAAGCCAUGCAUCGCCGCCGCCUGCGCCGCGGAGCUUAAAAAUCUCCUCCUCGUCAUCCAUGUCCGUCCAGCAGCGAGCUUUCGCGUGCAGACGCGUCGUGAUACAGUUUGCCGUUUAGCGGCUCGUCGCACGUGCCGACGUGUGCGCUCCUUGUUGCGUCCCUCUGAGACAAAGAGGCGAUGAAGGGCGCGGUCGACGAUUUCAAAGUGAUGCUCACGAGGAACGAGCCGCUCACCGGCCUCGCCAGGGCGGUCGCGCUCCUCGCGAUCUUCGCGCUCGGCGUCGUCGCCGGCCUCUGGGCGGCCGCCGGGGCCCGCCAGCCGGCCUACGGCAGCGUCGUCGUCCCGACGAGCGUCGUGCAGCUGCCGAGCGCCGCCGCCGCCGCGGACCCGCAGCCGGGCGGCGCCUGCUGCCGGCCCGACCCGGAACCCGCCUUCCCGGAGUUCGUGGCCCCGACUCACCUCAAACACGACAUGACGGACGAGGAGCUGUUCUGGCGCGCCACGCUCGUGCCGGCCGCCGCCGGGUACCCGUUCCGGCGGGUGCCCAAGGUGGCCUUCAUGUUCCUCGCCGGCCACGACGUCCUCCCGCUGGCACCGCUCUGGGAGCGCUUCUUCCGCGGCCACGAAGGCCGCUUCUCCAUCUACGUGCACGCGUCGCCGGGCGUGACCAUCAACUUCUCCGAGGACUCGCCGUUCCACGGCAGGCAGAUCCCCAGCCAGGAAACCUCGUGGGGCUCCGUGACGCUGAUGGACGCCGAGAAGCGGCUGCUGGCGAACGCGCUGCUCGACUUCUCCAACGAGCGGUUCGUGCUCCUCUCCGAGAGCUGCAUCCCGGUGCACAACUUCACGACGGUGUACGGCUACCUCGUCGGGUCAGAGCAGAGCUUCGUGGAGGUCUACUACCGGAACACCAAGCAGUGCCGGAACCGGUACAGCCGGCGCAUGGCGCCCGACAUCACGCUGCGGCAGUGGCGCAAGGGCUCCCAGUGGUUCGAGCUCAGCCGCGACAUCGCCACCAGCAUCCUGACGGACGCGCGCUACUACCCGCUGUUCCGGCGGCACUGCCGGCCGUCGUGCUACCCCGACGAGCACUACGUGCAGACGUACGUGGCCAUGCGCCACGGCGCCCGCAACUCGAACCGCACCGUCACGCACGUGGACUGGUCCACGGGCGGCGCCCACCCGGUGAUGUACGGCGCGGGGGACGCCACGCCGGAGCUGGUCCGGAGCAUCAGGGAGAGCCGCCAGCCCUGCACGCGCAACGCGCGCCCGACGACGACCUGCUACCUCUUCGCCAGGAAGUUCGCGCCCGACGCGCUCGCGCCGCUGCUCAACAUGUCGGCGGCGGUCAUGCAGUACUGAGAAUGUUUUUUUUCCCCGCCGGCGGCAGUCGAUCUGGACGCCAAGACCUCGCCGGCCGGCCGCCGCAGCUUCUUUCUCGCCUUACCCAGGCAUCACCGGCUGUAAUUUUCUGUGACACCAUUGACUGACGAACACUCACUGGCUCGUCACCUGCCGGCAUCUUGUUGCCGAAAUUGCCACAGCGAGACGCGCCCGCCCCAGAUCGACCCCAGGACCCAGGUACAUGGAGUUGUCCCACUGCGUUGCGUUGGUGCUGCAGGCAGGCGGCGGCAGCAGCAAGCACUGCUCCACCAAUGCAAGCUGCGCCCUGCAAAUGGGUUGGAAACCAAACUAUACCCACACCAUCCCAUUCUCAUGAGAGAAAUUAUAUGAAUCCACUCCACCCCAAACCACCACCGCCACACACCAAUCCAACCCAAAUAUUUGAGCUCAUAAUGUAAUAACUAUUAGUCAAACUAUGGUUACAACCUAAUAAGAACCCGUUUCUCAAAAAAAUUAUAAUAUAGA